AUGGCUUCAUGGCUUCGAAACAUUCAAGGUCAGAUCACUGACGUCGUGAGCGAAGUGCUGAACGAAGCGAGCGACGUGCUCGCUGAAGCACGCGAAGAAGUCGCCGAUCCGGACACCGAACUCAUUGUGGGCUCGAUUAUUUUGGAUAAAAUCAUUCGAUAAACGUUCAGGUUGUGCGGAAGAAAUGCGCGGAAGCCGAGAAACAGUUGGCGAUCGAGGCGUCGCGGGUCGAGUCGUUGGAGGGCGAAAAAAAGGGUUUGGAGCAGCAAUUGUACGAUGCGCACGUGGAAAUGGACACGAUCGGACAGAAACUGAACGGAAUGGUCCGGCAGAGAGACGAGGAAAUCAAAAAACUAAAGGUUUUGCGUGUUUUCACAAAAUUAGCCACGAACAAUCAUGAGAACAAUUGAGAACAUCAUAACGAAGUUUUUAAGCGCAAGAGCGUGAAUUUCAGUUGUUUUUUUUUGUUAAUUUUUGUUAAUCGAACGGCCAAAAUGCUUGUAUUUACGUGAAAACGUUAGAAAUUUCGAGAAUCAUCAUUUUCAUAGCUUUAGACCAGAAAAAAAACGGGAAAAAUGCUGAAUUCAUGAUAACCCCAUAUUGUAAGCUCUUCAGAACCAAUUGGAGCAAAUUCACGAAUCCGGCUGGAACGACGCUGGCGAUGAAGGAACGGAGCACGCAGAGCAAAUUUCCGAGCUGAAGAGCCAAGUUGCACAUUGGAAAGAGCUCCAUGAGAACUCAGCCAGUUCCGAGGGCUCAGUCUCGAAAACCGAGCUCGAGCGGCGAUUAGAAGAGGCGCAGCAGCGGAAAGAGCACGAAAUACAGGCGCUGAUCGAGUCGCACGCGGAAAGUAUGGUCGAACUGCGCGAGAUGUACGAAGAGAAGAUGGCCGCGUUGGCCGUCAUUCCCUACAACGCCUCCUCCUCCACGUCGAACGCCGACGCCCUGGAUGCGGUGCUUCUGGAGCGCGACGAGCUGAGCAACAAGGCGAAGAGCAGCACGAACGGCAGCGAUUUGGGGGACAGAGAUAGACCCGUGGUCGUGGAUUUGGGCAGCCACGACGAGCUGGUCGACGAGCGCAUCCGACAGAUGGAGGCGGAACUCGAGAGGUGCAAAGAGGAGAAGGAGGUGACGAUCGAAAGUCUGCGCAGCCAGAACGAGGAGCUCGCGAAGGCCUACGACGAGCUGAACACGGAAUUCGAGCAGUUCAAGAUGCGAAACGCGCAGACCGAGAACCGAAACGACGAUCUGAACCGACGGAUCCAGAGCCUCAAGGCGAACGUGAUCGAGUACGAGGAGCGCUACGAAUUGUGCAAGAAGGAGAACAUGACGACGGUCGCGCAGCUGGAGAAAUUGUCCGGCGACUUUGAGAAGCUCCGUGCGGGCGUGGCGAGUGUCAGUCAACGGAGGGAAGAUGCGGAUUCGCUGGUGAACGAGGAGGUCGAGAAACUGAGGAAUGCGCUGGAGGAGUCGAGGGCGGAGAGGGAACGGCUGAGGGAGGACGUCGCGCGGUUCACCGUGUCCGUCGGGGAGAUCGACGUCGAGCUGGAGAAGUUGAGGGGCAUGAAUCGGCAGUUGUUGGCGGAGAACGAGGCGCUCACGCAGAACCUGACCACGUGAGAAAUUUUGAGCAUUUUUUCCUAAUUUUCAUCACUGAAGAUUGAAAAAAUCAAAAGUUCACUAACUUUUAAUCAAAAAAUGUUUAAGCCAGCUCAAAAACCAUUAAUUUUCAGGUACGAAAGAACGAUGCAAGAAGUGAUAACGUCGAGCGAGAACGACAUUGGCAACUUCCGCGAUCAAUUCCGCGAAAUCCAACAUAAUCACGCGAGACAACGAGAAGCGGUGCAUGCGGAGAACGCAGCCCUUCGCGACGAACUCGACGCGAUCAAGAAGCAAAGGGACAUUGUGAUGGAGGAAUCACGGCUGGUGAAGGAGGUGAACGAGAAAUUGAAGCAGAAGGCGGCCGCAGAGGAGAACAAGAUCAGACUGCUGACGCAGAAGGUCGAUCUGCUGCAGGAAACUGUCGAUGAGGUCAAGAAGAGGAAUGUGGAGCAAGAGGAAGAGCAGAAAGAUCCAGAGCUGGCACUCACGAACCUCAACGUGCUCAGAAAACAACUAAGCGAGGCGCUGAAGGCGAACUGCGAGAAAUCGGAGGAAUGCGAUCGGAUCCGAGUGGAAGCGAGGGAAUUGGAACGGGAAGUGGAGCUCCGACAGAACUGUGUCGACGAAAUGAUCGCGCAGACGAACACGCUCCAAAUGCAGCAGGAGACGAUGAGCACGGCGAACCGCACACUUCAGACCCAAUUGCUCGAGCAGGAACGGCGGAUUGUGAAGCUCGAGGAGGAGCUGAAUAUGGCCGAGGAGCAGAGUCAGCAGCUAAAGGUGCAGAUCCAGAGACUGGAGAAUGUGUUCGUGCCGGCGGAGGAUACGGAGGAGAGAGAGCAACCGGGACCCGAAGCAAUGAGCCGGUACAUUACGGACCUGCAAGAGAGGCUCUCGUCGAGCGAGGAGGAGCUCAAAGCGUUCCGCGAGCAGCAAAUCGACGCAAACAAAGCGGCGGAGGAAGUGCGGAACGAGCUGGAACGGAGUCUUUUCGAAGCGGAAGAGGUCGACCGCGGACUCCUCGAGGGCAUCGAGGAGCGAGUGAAAGAGCUGGAGACGGAGCUGAUGAGCAAGGCAGAGCAGUUGGAGGCCGCGGAGGCGGAGAAGCGGAGGAUCGGCGAAUCGUUGGUGCAGCUGACCGAACGGAUUAGGAAUCUGGAGGCGGAGAGCUCGAAGACCGAUGUGCUCAGAGAGCAAGUGGAGAUGUACAAGCAAAAGUUGGAGGGAAUCGAGAAGGAGAAGGAGAUGUGUGAGUUUGAAAUUUCAACCCAAUUCUUCAUUGUUUCAUGAAGAAUGUGCUAAAUUCUGCACAUUUUGAACUGAAAACAAAUUGCAGACGAAAAGCUGACUGAGGAGAACACGUACUUGAAGACGGUCGCGCAGACGCAUCACGAUGAAAACGUGAAAUAUUACGAGAAAUGUCAGGAGAUGGCGGCGGAAAACGAGAAAAUGCAGGCGCAAAUGCAGCAGAUGAGCCGGCGAGUCCAGGAGUUCGAGGGCAAGCUCGCUGUCGAGACGGACGCGCAGGAAAAACGCGCGAAGGAGCUGCAACGACUACGCGAGCACUUGAUGAUUGUGGAGGAGAACUCAACGCGCGAGGCCGUCGAAUCGGAGCAACGGGAGACGGAGCUGCGGGCGAGAGUCCGGGAACUGGAAGCACGCGGACACGCGGCCGAGGAAGGCGCCACGGAGAGCACGCAACAGUACCAGGAGCAGAUCGGAACGCUCGCGACGAAGCUGGAGAGUGCGGAGAGGGCGGCGACGGAGUGGCGCGGAAAGUACGAGCACGAGGUGCGGGCGAGGGAACAGACGGCCGAAGCACUCGCCAGUCUCCAGAACGUGGUCAGGGAACUGUCGGUCGAUCACGAGAGGGACGCCGCCGCGGCGAACCACAGGAAUCUCGAGCUGCAGACGCAGAUUUCGGUAGGAUUUAGGGGGAAUUAGAGCCAAAAUUUCAAUUCUCGUAUCAGAAAACGCGGUGAAUGAGCCGCAAAUGCAAAAAGUGCAUAGCAUUGAAGACUCACACCCUGAAAGUUUCAGUUUAACCAAAUUUAGCGAUUUUCGGUUUCAACUCGCUUCAUUUCCAAAUCAGAUGAUCCGAAUGAGCUGAAACAUUCAAGAAUAUGAUUUUCCAGACUCUAAACGAUGAAAUCGCCCGAUUCUCGGAAGCGUUCGACCGUCAAACACUGGCUCGACAGGCGGCCGAAGAGGAAAAUGAGCGUCGGCAGCUGCAACUCGUUUCGAAACAAAAGAUUGUCGAGGACCUCGAGCAGCAGAUCGAAGAGCUCCGAUCGCCACAAAAGACCGACUCGUACCGCAUCGACGACUCCACCCUCCGCCAACUCUUCCUCAACUAUUUCUCGGCCGAACCGUCGAAACGACCCGACAUCGCGAUGCUCCUCGCCAGUAUUCUCGAGUAUCCGCAGGACGAAAUGGACAAGUUCCGAUCGGCGGUCCGGCAGUCGUUCAGCAACACCGGCGGCGGCUCCUCGUUCUUCUUCGGCUCCCGCGGAUCGACUCCAACGGGCGGAGCGUCCCUCUCCGAACAGUUUAUUCGCUUUUUGGAAGUGGAGUCGGAAUCGUCGAGGACCGCACCGCAACUGCCGAUCAGAGGCGGACAAACGGAACGGCAGGCACCGCAGAUGUCGUUGGAUUCGCCGCGGCAGAAGUAAGCUUUGUAGAGAUCGAUAAUCCACUCGAUGUUCUGUUCAGAUCGGCGAGCCCGCAACCGUCGCAAGCAUCGGCGUCUUCCUCGGCGGCGGCCCUCGACUCGCUGCUUCGCUAG